AUGGUCUUCACGACCACUCUUCUCUCUACCCUCACCAACGCCAUCGCCAUUCCCCCCUCUACCAUCAACCCCACAGGCGUAAUCCACCGCAUUACCGCCGGCUCCACAACCGCCAACUCUGGCCUGCACUUCGAGCCCGAAAACGUCGUCGCCCUCCCCGGCGACCUGAUCGAAUUCCACUUCCUACCCAAAGCGCACUCGGUAGUUCAAUCAUCUUUCGCCCAACCCUGCGCACCCCUCAACACCCCCGACGCCUUCUUCUCCGGCUUCAACUUCAAUACGACGGCCGGUGAAGCUCCCAAUGUCUUCACGUUCAUGGUCAAGGAUACAAAGCCUAUGUGGUUCUACUGCUCGCAGACGAACGGCGAUCACUGCCAGAGGGGCAUGAGCGGAGUUAUCAACCAGGAUUUCAACGAUAAUGAGAAGACGUUGGCCAAGUACAAGGAGGCGGCCAAGGGGACAGUGACCAAGCAGCCCAGUGCUGAUCCGGCGAAGAGUCAGGGUGGGCAGAUUAAGCCUAAUGUGCCUCUUUGA